CUGUAUUGGUUUUCUCUGUCUGGAACAUUACAGAAAGGCAAUUUCUAAAUAUAAACAGGAUACCAUCUGAGAAAAAUGUCUUUAGUUCCUAGAAUACUGUCCAAAGCUAAAGCACCUAUCCUGUAAAUUCCUGUGCAUAAUAAAUUCACUUAAAACUGAUAGAGAAUCUUUUGUAUCUGUAUCAAUGCCUAAAUAUUUAUAUUGCUUACCCAGACUGUCCUGCUCAGGUGAGUAUUCUGUGUGAAGGAGGUUUUCAAAUUAUGCUAAAAACUAGAAUUAACUAAAAAAGCUUUCUUGAAACUUCUAAAUAAGAAUGAAAUUAAAAUAAUUGGGUCUGGAUUAAAAAAAACCAAAACCACAUAACCCCAGGCUAUUUGAGACUCCAGCGGUGAAACUGAAAAUGAAACUGAAAUAACUCAGUUUUCUACAGCAUAAAGGCAGUGCAGAUGAAACAAACAGAAACCAAAGGCUCUAAAAUGCUUGAAAUUAUUGGUGAUAGUGUGAGCAAAGCCGUUUUUGUUUUAAACCACAAUAACUGAAUGGCCUUCACCUGCAAUAGGCAUGAAGGAGGGAAAAGUGCACAUUUCUUGGAAACAGACUAACUCAUUAGACUGCACAGCAGUCUUUCCAGAAACUGCAACAAUUUGGGUUCUGCAGAAGGAAGGCACAUGCUUCAGGUUCACACUUUUUUAAGAAUUCACCCACAUCCAAAGCUGCUUCCUGUGCGAUUAUCCACACAGACUAUUUCAAAAACCCAGUCACAUACAAAAAUACGCCAUUCUUCUACAGGAGAUGUGCAGCAGGAGGCCCUGACUGAUCAAACAGUUAAGAGCAGACUUAAAUACUGUUCCAGUCGUACAGACUAUCCAAACCCCAAGAUCCACUCCAGCUGUAACAUGAGGGACCAACAGGAUUUCAGAACAACGCCGCAAAGCUGCAAGUCUACCGAUGCAAAGACUGGGAGAUGACUGCCAAAGGGGGUUCCAGGCUUUUCAGUUGGAGACUGCAACUCCCAAGCGCUCAAAACCGCUCCCCCGUGCCCCGCACGGCACAAGCCACCCCCAGGGCAACUCACUGUUGGGCACCGAGAUCGUGUAAAUACCAGUUGCAGAAGCAGACAUGAAAAGGGCUGUAUCAGGCUCCCAAGGUGACAUACUGGCUUGGAGAUUGCUGCUGCUUUGCAGUUCUGUCUGAAGGCGAUGAUUAGUUGCGGCUUCGCAAUAAGGGAAGUCCUGUCUCUUUUUUGUCUGUAGGUGAAUGAUUGCUCACAGUGACACUGCAGGAUUCAGAGAUUCCUGGAUUUCCAUUUCAUGUGCUUACAUAUAGGGUUGUCCUUCUUUCUUCCCCUCCACCCUUCUGUUUCAGGUCAUGUGACUGGACUUUGUACCCAUUUACCGAUAAUAAGCAUGCGGCCAUCUUGUUUGAAAACUAAAGGCAGAAACUGAAACAAUUCCGUGCUUCAAGGAAGAAGAUGAGACUCCUUUUAUUUCUAAUAAUUUAUGAGCAUGCCAUAAACAAUGUCAAUACCCACCAUGUUUCAAAUCCCAAUAUCAUUUUACUGAUGGCUGAUGAUCUUGGUAUUGGAGACCUGGGAUGUUAUGGCAACAGAACAUUAAGAACCCCUAAUAUUGACAGGCUAGCAGAGGAAGGAGUGACACUUACUCAGCAUAUAGCAGCAUCCCCACUUUGUACUCCAAGCAGGGCAGCUUUCUUAACAGGACGAUAUCCUAUCAGAUCAGGAAUGGCUGCCUUCUCACGAGUUGGUGUCUUCUUAUUUUCCGCCUCUUCGGGGGGACUUCCUUCUGAAGAAAUAACUUCUUCCAAACUCCUGAAGCAGAGAGGUUAUGCAACAGCUCUAAUAGGAAAAUGGCAUCUUGGGAUGAACUGUGAAAGCAGUAAUGACUUCUGUCACCACCCCCUCAGUCAUGGAUUUGAUUACUUUUAUGGGCUUACCGUGACCAAUUUUAGAGACUGCAAACCUGGCCAAGGCAGCGUAUUUUUAAAAGGGGUUCAGAAAUCCCUUGUCAUCCCAAUCCAAAUCGCUGGAAUCACCCUGGUUUCUUUGGCAAUAGUGCAGUACAUUGGCAUCCUCAAAGUACCUUUCCAAGCACUGGCUUACUGCUUGUUUAUAACCACUAUUUCACUUGCGGUUUUGGUCUUUUUCUUUUACCAUUUUCGACACUUGAACUGCUUCUUAAUGAGGGACCAUCAGAUUAUCCAGCAACCACUAUCCUAUAAGAACCUUACUCAAAGACUGACAACGGAAGCCAUGCAAUUUAUAGGAAGGAACACUGAUGCACCAUUUCUUCUUGUCCUGUCUUAUCUUCAUGUCCAUACUGCUCUAUAUGCUUCAAAAAAAUUCAGAGGAAAGAGCAAGCAUGGUUUAUAUGGAGAUGCAGUGGAGGAAAUGGACUGGAGUGUAGGGCAGAUUCUGGAUGUGCUGGAAAAAUAUAAUGUAGGUAACAAAACUCUUGUGUACUUUACAUCUGACCAAGGGGCUCAUGUUGAAGAAAUCUCCAGUUCUGGCGAAGUCCAUGGAGGAUACAAUGGCAUAUAUAAAGGUGGAAAAUCAAUGAACUGGGAAGGAGGUAUUCGUGUGCCAGGCCUUCUCCGUUGGCCUGGAGUCAUACAGGCUGGUGCCUAUAUUGAUGAACCAACAAGUAACAUGGAUAUAUUUCCUACCAUAGUCAAACUUGCCAAGGCACAGUUACCCUCUGACAGAAUUAUUGAUGGACAUGAUCUGAUGCCCUUACUUCAAGGAAAAGUUACCCGAUCCAAACAUGAAUUUCUCUUUCAUUACUGUAAUGCAUAUUUAAAUGCAGUGCGCUGGCAUCCAGGAAACAGUGAAUCUGUCUGGAAGGUCUUCUUCUUCACUCCAAACUUCAGUCCUAAAGACUCCAAUGGUUGCUAUGAUUCUCAUGUUUGCUUCUGCCAUGGAGGAUUUAUCACACGGCAUGAUCCCCCACUGCUCUUUGAUCUUUCCAGAGAUCCUGAAGAGAAAGUCCCACUGACCCCAGAAACAGAGAACCGUUUCUACGAAAUCCUCAGGAUCAUACAGCUAGCAGUAGACAAUCACACCAGAUCCCUGCAUGCUGUCCCUGACCAGCUGUCAUGGGACAACCUUCUCUGGAAGCCGUGGCUCCAGCCAUGCUGCUCAUCUCUCUUUCAGUCUUGCUACUGUGACUAUGACUCAGAAGGGACCCUGUCGGAGAUGCACUUGGGAUAAACAAGCUGCAAUUCCCUUUCAGAGGCUGGAACAAGAGAAUGUGGGUAGCUGACUUGAACCACUUCAG